AUUCACCAAAAAUUGAAAAUAUUGAAGAUGGGAAAAUAAAAAUCAAAAUAUUGUUGUUGUUUUUGAUAUUUUAUUUCUUGAUUAUAAUAACGAUAAUUAUAGGGACGUAAUGGAAGGUAUUCUGUGGAAGUGGACAAAUUACUGGAACGGCUGGCAGACGAGAUGGUUCGUCUUAGAAAACGGAAUAUUAUCUUAUUAUAAAUCCCAAGAUGAAGCUAGUCAAGGAUGUAAAGGUUCAGUGAAAGUUUCAGUUUGUCAAAUUAAUGUUAAUAAUAUUGAUAACACUAGAAUGGAUUUAGUAAUACCUGGCCAGCAGCACAUGUACCUUAGAGCACCAUCUCCACAGGAUCGACAAAAAUGGUUGGUAGCCUUAGGAAGUGCCAAGGCAUGUUUGGAGUCAAUUGUUGAUUCAAAAGUGAUUGGAUUUGAAGAUUCCUUGAGUGAUAAGAAAUCAGAAUUACAUCUUUAUUGUGAUUUAUUAAUGCAACAAGUGCAUGCUGUAAAAAGCGCAGCUAGCCAAGAAACUGGUCCUGACAUGGAGAUGCUUGACGAAGCAUCAAGCUUAUUAAAAUCUACUUGUGACACAUUUAUUAGGACUUUAGAAGAUAUAAUGAAAUACACCACUACUGCCACAGGAAAUAUAACACCCUUCGAAAUUCCAGUACCUAAUAUUUGCAAAAAUACUAAAACGAACCUUAAUAGAUCUCUAUCUCAGGAAAAUAGAUAAAGUUGUUCAGGAAAACUACCUUUCUAUCUAAGAGUUAUUGUACAAAGAUUUCAUCUUCUCUUUAAUUAUAAUUACAAAAAAUAGGCUAUGGAUUUUACAUUCAUAACUGUAAAAUAUACUUUAUAAGUAUAUAAAGAUUAUCUUUAAAAUUAUUGCUGUGAUACCUUUUAUGCUUUUUCUCUUAAAAUGUUGUUGGCAUAUCCUUGACACUGAAAAGUAUAUUAUAUCUUAUGUUUAAAUAAAAAGUGUACAUUUUAAAAUUAAAUGCUUCAACUAUUAAAAGCACCCGACAUUAUUUUAUUAUGAUAAAGAAAUGAUGAUUAUAUAUUUUAGGUUAAUUCAAUACAUUUAGAUUUUUUUACUGUACCUUAGUAUCUUUAACAGAAUACUUUUUGUAGCUAUAGUGUGCAUUCCAAUUUUACAUUAUGAUACUACAUUUAAGUAAACAAUGUAUUUAUCAUCAUAUUAUUAUACUUUAAAACAUUAAUAGCUUAAAUAGGUUUUAUAAGUACUUAAAGUAUUAUUUCAGAUCUAUAAAG